AUGGAUAGAAGAAGAAUUCUCGUUCCAUCCGAAGCCAAGGUCCCUAUUUUGGGCCAGUCAUCUGGAGCCGAGCGCCCAAAAAGGCAGUUUACCCCCAGUGAAGGCGUCAGAAGUUUCUUCAUCAAAACCGGACUCAGUAACAACGCAAAUGGCCUGGCAUUUCUAGAGGUGGAUGACACAAUUAUUGAGGUCAGUGUAUUUGGACCUCGUCCAAUUAAAGGCUCGUUUAUCGACCGUGCAUCCUUCUCCGUGGAAUGUAAGUUUCUUCCUUAUAUUACCCAGCCCAACGAAUUAUUAUACAAUGGAGGAGCAUCUCAAGGAAAUGGGCGGUCUUCACUUACUCCUAUCGAACAAAAAAUUAGCACAUACCUUGAAACUGCGUUUUUACCUGCGCUCAUGUUGGAAAAAUACCCCAAAUCGACCAUCGAUGUGUUUGUCAAUGUGCUUUCCUUCAACUCCAACACCUCAUCUUUGUUGAACCUAAUAUCUUGGGCCGUCAACUGCACGUCAUUGGCAUUGGUGGAUUCAGGAAUAGAAGUGCGUGAUUUGGUCACAUGUGGCCAUGUAAAGUAUGUGGAUGGUAAAGUUGAGUUGGAUCCUCAGAUCUCUUCGGAGAAUGAUUCUCGCAUAGGUACAGAAUGCUGUGCCAGUUUCAUGGCUAUGAAGAAUAACGAGGUGGUGGCACUUUGGAUAGAGGGAAACGACGACACAGAAGUGACCGAAGAGCUCUUACAGACUCUGACAAAUGCAUGUGAGGAGAUGUCUGGGAUUGUCAGACAGAACAUCAACGGAUUUUUAUUGCAAGCAGCUGAGUAG